AUGGAAUUGAUUCAAGGUGCUGGUCGUGAACAAUUCACACAUCUUAGAAGCUAUGGUGAGGAGUUGUUAAAGUCAAAUCCAAACUCCACUAUUAAAAUUAAGUGUGUUGAUUCAGAUGGUGGUCCUAUCUUUGAAAGAAUAUAUGUAUGCUUAGAAGCUUGUAAGGCAGCGUUUGCAACGACGUGUAGGCCUCUAAUAGGACUGGAUGCUUGUUUUCUUAAAGGGGAUUUUGGAGGUCAGUUAAUAGGUGUUAUUGGUAAGGAUGGAAAUAACAAGAUUUAUCCAAUCGCUUAUGCUGUAGUGAAAGCUGAAACGAAAGAAUCAUGGAAAUGGUUCCUUAAUUUAUUAUUAGAAGACUUGCAAUCUAUACAAGACAACAAAUAUGGAUUUAUAUCAAAUCAACAGAAGGGAUUGGUACCGGAUAUUCUUGAGACAAGCCAACAUGUUGAACACAGACUAUGUGUUAAACACUUGUAUGGCAAUUGGAGAAAGAAAUAUCCUAGGAUAUUUAUGAAGGAAGCUUUAUGGCGGGCAGCUAGAGCCACAAUAAUUCUGGCAUGGGAAAGAGCAAUGAAUCAUAUGAAAUAG